AUGGCCGGAAAUAUCUUGAAAUAUUCAACAAAACUCUUCAGUCCAGAGAAGUCUUGGAAUUUUCCCAAGACACACACGCACCAGCAUAUAUUUGACGACAUUCUUAAUAAAGGCGUAACUCGCAACUAUAAUACAAAGCCAUAUGAGAAGGCAAACGGACCAUUGAAAAAGUUCUAUCAGAAUCAUACCAAUUUCAAGAAUGUAGCACCACAAAUUCUCCAAGUCAAUGAAAUGGAUCUUGUGUCAAAUAUUGUACGUGAUGGAAUAGACUUACUCGAUGUUUCUGUGGAGAAAAAUAUAGAAGAUGCAGAAGAACGAGACGGCCUAGACCUGCCAGCAAAAUCUAAGCCUGGAAAUGACCAUAUACAUCUUGGAUCAAAGCUUCCUACCAUUACAUUGUCUGAACUUGAGCUGGAAACUAUCCACUCACAAGACACUGCAUUUAAUUUAUUCCGACGAAGGCUGGGUCAAUCACUCUCACAAACCGUUGGAAGUAGAGUUUUGUUGAGUACAGAUCAUCCAGUAAGUGUUUAA